AUGAAUAACGAACAGUUCCGCCGCCUCGUCCUCGACCAACCUGGCAAAAGAUCCAAUAAUAACAAUAGCAACACCGUCGACAAAAAUGCGCAAACACCAAGUUCCUCCCAAACCCCGUCAUCUCUCGGCUCUCGCAUGCGAUCCAGUAUCCCCAUGACACCACGGCACGUCCGCGGCGGAACGAGCAACACGAACGAAUUCGCGCGCCAACUCGCCGAACAGUCACAGCCGCCUGCAAAGAGAUUCAAGGCCUCUGCGGCGCCAAAGGGUACGAGGUUUGCGAGCGGGUAUCAGGAUCGGACGGCUCUGAGGAGACAAGAACAGGAUGAUGAAACGGCAGAAGAGAAAAAAGAGGGGAUUGAGCAACGACUCAAAGCGUUAGAGGAGAUGGUCAAAUUGGGACAGAUUGAUCAGGCGACUUUCGACAAUUUACGGAAAGAGAUUGGUGUAGGCGGUGAUCUGAAAAGUACGCAUUUGGUCAAGGGUUUGGAUUGGGAUUUAUUGCGUCGAGCCAAGGCGGGAGAGGAUCUGUCGCAAAAGACUGAAGAAGAGGCAGAUGAGAAAGAGGAGGAGGGUAUUGAUCCGGGCGAUGUGGAUGAUGAGUUGGAUCGUGUUCUUGACGAGAAAGAGGAUGGCUUCGUUGCUCCAGCGCCAAAGGAGAAGAAAGUCAAAAAGGGAAAUCUCGCAGUGCCACCUCCACCUUCGGGAAAGUUAUCGCGAGAUGAGAUUCUGAAACAACUCAAAGCGAGUCGAGCUGCCGCAGCAGCACCAGCAGCUCCACCAGAAUCAACACUAAGUACCAAAUUCAAGAAGAUUGAUAAAUCAGACAAGAAACGCUGGAUUGAGACAGACCCAAUCACCGGUCGCCGCAAAGAGAUCCUCGUCAUCACCGAUGCAGAAGGAAACACAAAACGGAAAACCCGUUGGCUUGACAAGGAACCACCUCCUCAUAAACAAGCCGACAUCAUUCCAAAAGUUGAUAACAAUGGAUUGUUGUUGCCAGGUCAAGACGCGAAGCCGUUGGGGAUGGAGGUACCUGCUGUAAUCGCGGCUAGGAUAGCGGCUGAAAAAGCGGCGGCGGAGGAGGCGGAGGAUGAUGACAUUUUUGCGGGUGUAGGCACAGAUUAUAAUCCUCUUGGGGAUUUGGAUGAGGAUGACGAAGAAGAUUCUGAUGAUGAGAAGGAGGAGAGAGAGGAGGCGGCGGAUGUCAAGGACGAGAAAGUCAUUAAGACAGCGGCAACUACAGAGCCAUCUACUCAACACCAACCGCGAAGAAAUUACUUUAAAAAGACCGACGAAGACACUGCCGAAGAAGAACCUCGCACAAAUCCACUAACAAGUGAUCCCACUCUUAUGGCCGCAUUCAAACGUGCCGCCGCACUCCGACAAGCUUCCACAACACGCGCAGAAGGAGACGAAGACGACGACCACGCCGUAGACAUGGAGGAAGGCGAAUUUGCCGACGAUGUUGACCCCGAACGCCUCGCUCGUCGCAAGAAAUUUCUCGAAGAAGCGCGCCGUCGUGAUGCGCUCGACGCGCAGGACCUCGAUUUUGGGUUUGGUAGUAGUCGAAUUGAGGAUGAGGAAGAUGAGGAAGGGCCCACGUUUGGCGAUAGUGAGAAGCAACGGGGUAGUAACAAACGGAAACGUGGACCGAAGAAGAGAAAGGGUGAUAAGGAUUCUGCGACGGAUGUUUUGCGCGUUAUGGAGGGACGGAAGAAGUCCUGA